UAUAUCUCCGUCACAAGUGUAGCAAGUGCUUGCACUCUUCAAUAUGAAACUGACAUUGGUGACUAUUCUAGCUGCCUUCUGCUUGCAGUGCAACGCGAAGACAUUUACGAGAUGCCAAUUAGCGCGAGAAUUGAGGAAGCAAGGAUUCCCCGCGAAUCAAUUGAGUAAUUGGGUAUGUCUUGUGGAAAAGGAAAGCAGCCGAAGUACGAGCGCUCUUAGCCCCGUCAACAGCAACGGUUCCCGCGACCAUGGACUGUUCCAGAUCAAUGACAAAUACUGGUGCAGUACUACCAACCAACCGGGCAAGGACUGCAAUGUCACCUGUGCACAGCUGAGAACAAAAAACAUCGCAAAGGCGUCUAAGUGCGCUAAGAAGAUAUAUCAACGUCAUGGUUUCGACGCCUGGUACGGCUGGAAGAACCACUGCAAAGGGAAGACAUUGCCCAAUAUUAGCAAAUGUUAAAAUUAAUUUAACACCUAGAAGAUAUAAGGGAGGCUCGACUUGCGACUCUACCAUUUUCUCACAUUAAUUUAUCACUUAGGAUAUUUAUUUUAAUUUACCAAACGCGC